GGCUCAAGUGAAGAACAACGAUUUGGCUUGGAAAGGAAUUCGAUAGAGGACCAUGGGGAACACUCCCGGGGGCAUGCCUGGUCAAGGCCAGGGCCAAGGCAAAGAGAAGAAAGAUGGAGAUGACAAGAAGAAGAAACACGAGGCGCUUGCUCCUCCAUCUCACUUUGGUAGAAAGAAGAGAAAGAUGAAGGGUGCACAGGUUGCUAGCAAGCUGCCGUUGGUGGUGCCUACAUCAAAGUGUCGACUUCGUCUGCUCAAGCAUGAUCGAGUCAAGGACUACCUCAUGAUGGAGGAGGAGUUUAUCCAGGAGCAGCAGCGGUUGAAGCCAAAAGAGGACAAAGAGUCAGAUGAAAAGUCAAAGCUGGACGACAUUCGUGGCACUCCGAUGGAUGUUGGCUCCCUUGAAGAAUUCAUUGACGAGAAUCACUGCAUAGUGUCCACCGCGAUGGGACCAGAGUACUACGUGAACAUUCUGUCUUUCGUUGACAAGGACCAGCUGGAACCUGGUUCCUCGAUCCUGAUGCACCACAAGAAUCUGAGUGUUAUUGGAUUGCUGGUGGACGAAGUGAAUCCGCUUGUGAGUGUGAUGAAGGUCGACAAGGCACCGACGGAGUCAUAUGCUGACAUUGGAGGACUUGAAGAUCAAAUCAUGGAGAUUAAGGAGGCAGUUGAACUGCCUUUGACACACCCGGAGCUGUAUGAGGACGUUGGCAUCAAGCCGCCAAAGGGAGUAAUCCUCUAUGGAGUACCGGGCACUGGAAAAACACUGCUUGCGAAGGCCGUUGCAAGUGAGACAUCGGCAACAUUUCUGCGAGUGGUGGGAAGUGAAUUGAUUCAGAAAUACUUGGGAGAAGGACCUAAGCUGGUUCGAGAAAUGUUUCGUGUUGCACAAGAGCACGCCCCCUCCAUCAUCUUCAUCGACGAGAUCGAUGCAGUUGCCACCAAGAGGUAUGAUACAACGAGCGGUGGCGAGAAAGAGAUUCAGCGCACCAUGUUGGAGUUGCUGAACCAGUUGGAUGGCUUUGAUGAUCGAGGAGAUGUGAAGGUGAUUAUGGCAACAAAUCGCAUAGAAUCUCUUGAUCCUGCCAUGAUUCGUCCAGGACGCAUUGACCGCAAGAUUGAGUUUCCGCUUCCGGACGAGAAGACCAAGCGGCGAAUCUUCCAGAUCCACACGGGCAAGAUGACUUUGGCUGAUGAUGUGAACCUCGAGGAGUUUGUCGUGGCCAAGGACGAUCUCAGUGGCGCUGACAUCAAGGCCAUUUGCACAGAAGCUGGGAUGCUUGCGCUCCGUGAGCGGCGGAUGAAAGUGACUCAGGCAGACAUGAGAAAAGCCAAAGAAAAGGCACUCUACAAGAAGAAAGGUUCCUACCCUGAGGGAAUGUAUUUGUAGCGUGUUUGGCCCUGAGGGCGGAGUACAGUCUGUAGUUCUGAGCAGCAUCGCUCUUUGGAACACUGCUUUCACACGCUUAGUUGUCCAAAGCCAUGGCAAGCUCUCAUGGCAUCAAAAGUGCUUGCGCCGCUCUUGGCCCCAAGAAGAACAUUGAAAUUGCGUGUAGUAACAGUAUAACUUUAACUAAACAAACUUACCUCCAAUCCCAAUGCAUUCUCUCCAAAAUGAUGUCAGACAAGCCCACUCUUGCCCACCUUUCGAUCUCAACAUUGCCAGGCAUACCACGCAUGCUCAUGUGCAUACGAAGCGCACUCCAAGGGGUUGCUACACUCCGGCUAUUGACACUUUGACAUUCAUAUAGCUUGCUCAAGACGGUGGGUCCGCCUGUGCAGGGUGCCUUCCUUUCAGAAGCAGCGAAGGUGCUGACAUGGAUGUGAACAGGAUCUUUUGCGCUGAGCAGAUCACUGUGCCUCCUGCGCUACCCCAAAUACUGAAGGACUUCACCAAAGCUGUAAUCCGAGAAGAUCCUUCAGCAGGUGAGACCGACCCGGCAAGUGCGAGGAUGAAGCUCUAUCAGUGGUCAAGAGACUAUUUCAAGACCAAGCUGGGAGAGGCACAAAAGAGCGGCUAAGCAGCUAACUGUGUAGGCACAUGUCAGCUUGAAUGAGCUCGUCCGUGUCACGUUUCACUCUGAUUGCAAGUGGA